AUGCCUUUGAACAUUAUUGGGACUGCUUUGAUAGAAGGUACCGACAGUGUCCCGUAUUUAAAUGAGUUUAUUAAAGUGUCACCGUUUUUGGCUGCUGGUUCGCUGGUCAAGUAUUGGUCCCGUGGUGUCAGUAACAUUUGGGAAAGAAAUCUACACGGUAAGGUGUUUAUUGUCACUGGUGCAACUUCUCAAAGCAUGGGAACGGCUGUGGUGAGAAAGAUGGCUGAAUUAGGUGCACAGUUGAUUAUCCUUACACGAAAUGUCGAUGAGUGGGUCACGGACUGGUGUGAAGAUUUGAGAAACGAAGCUGGUAAUCAAUUAGUAUACGUUGAACAAUGUGACAUCAGUGAUUUAUUGCAAGUUAGAAAGUUUGUGACUGGAUGGUUAGAUAAUUCUCCACCAAGAAGAUUGGAUGGUGUUGUGAUAAUGAGUGGUGAUAUGGAGGCAUGUGGUAUUCCUGGUUUUAGUAACAAGACCAGAAAAUCCAGUGUUGAUGGUCUGGAAUUACAAAUGAGUACUAAUUUUGCUGGUAUUUUCCACAUGCUAGACUUGAUGCAACCAAGUUUUAAAGCGCAACCGCCAGACCGUGAUGUGAGAAUCAUUUUCACCACAUGCUUCCUUCAAAGUCUCGGUGACGUGAAUGUUGAAGAUCCACUGUGGCAAAACGUUCCAUACAACAAGAAUUCAUUGAAGUUCUUUGCCUCCAGUAAACUGCAGAUGUCUUUAUGUCUACUGGAGCUGCAGAGAAGAAUAUUUGGUGAUGUUAGAAACAGGAAGGGACCCGACGGGGUCCAGAGAACAGGAAAGAACAUCAGUUUCACGGUUGUUCAACCAGGGUUGAUGAGAUCUGCUACCUUGCGUCGCAUAAUCAGUAACGGGUCAGUGUUCUCGUUGAUAUUUUUGUACUGCAUCAUACUGUACCCUAUAUUAUGGCUCUUCGUCAAGAGUGGAGCCAGAGGUGCCGAGACAAUUCUUUGCACAUUGAUGACUCCAGAGCUAGAAGAAGUGAAUGCUGAUGAAACCAAUUCAGUGAGAUACUACACCGAAUGCAAGACAGUGAAAUUCGUAAGAAAAGAAUUCGAAGACCUUGAGUUACAAAAACAACUUUAUGACAAUACCAAGAAACAAAUUGAAGAAAUCGAAAAACAAUCCGCUAAGAAAAGAAACCUAUCCAAGAAGAAGCGUUAA